AUGCCUGGCACACGCACCAAGAACAAGAUGGGAGGUUUGGGAAAGACCCUUCUCAAAGCAAAAAACAAGAAGAAGGAAAAGGUAUUAUCGGAUCGUCAUCAGGAAACACUUGCAGCCUCGAUACAGCAAGAUUAUGAUGAAAAAGUUGGUUCCGAUGAAUUACCAAUUGAAGAAGAAAUUUUAAAGGAAGAUACAGUCAUGCACAAUAUGAUUAACAAAGGAAGAGGAAAAUUGGAAAGUCUGAUUCAAACAAAUGAUUUACAAGAUUUAAUGUUAAAUGCCAAGAUGAGUUUGAUAAAGUACGAGAAGGAGAGUGCAACAUUUUUGAUAAAGGACGGAGAAGGUGCUCCGAGAGAGUAUAAAGUUGUGGAAGCUCAAAGAGAUCACGACGAGGAGGACGAUGAUGGUGACCUUCAAGAAGAGGAAGCAUACGCAGAAGGAACUCUCAUUCUCAAGGAAAAGACUCAGGAAGAAAUUCUCGAUCGUGUUCGAGAAAUGCAAGAGCUCAAUAUUCAAUUACCAAUUCCUCGUCGACCUAGAGAAGCCUAUGAAUUAUUUAAGAAAAAUUCUGACGACGAAGAGGAGAGUGAGGAAACAAAGAAAAAAAAGAAGAAGAAGAAAUCAAGCAAUGCAAGCAAAAUGCAAGCUAAAAAACAACUCAUUCAACUUGAAACAGAGUCCUUCUUGAGAUGGAGAAGAAACUUGGCUGAAAUUGAGGAAAGUUAUGAUGCAACAUUAACUCCCUAUGAAAAAAAUAUUGAAGUGUGGAGACAGUUGUGGCGUGUUGUGGAGAGAAGUGACAUUGUUGUUCAAAUUGUAGACUGUCGUAAUCCUUUGCAAUUCCAAUGUGAAGAUUUGGAAAAGUAUGUUAAAGAAGUGGAUCCAAAGAAGGAAAACUUUUUAUUGUUGAAUAAGGCCGAUUUGUUAACGAAAAAGCAACGAUUUAAAUGGGCAUGCUAUUUCAAAAAGAAGAAGAUUAAUUUCCUCUUCUUCUCUGCCAAGAAUGAAAUUGCAAAAAUUGCCAAUCGACAAAUCACACGAGAGGAGCUUCUUAAGGAGCAACAAGAAGAAUUGGAUCAAUACGAUGUGACCAAUUAUGUGUCUCCGCAAGAGAGUGACUGGACCUACAUCUUUUCACGAUCCGAAUUACUAUUUUUCUUUAAGAGUCUCAUGAAGAAUUUCCAUCCUGAACAAAAGAAGAGUGACACGGGACGUGUGGUAGUGGGUAUGGUGGGAUAUCCGAAUGUGGGUAAGAGUUCUCUCGUGAACGUUUUGUGUGGAAAGAAGAAGGUAGCUGUGGGAUCGACGCCUGGUAAAACCAAACACUUCCAAACCUUGCCCAUCGGUGAUAGCAUCAUGCUUGCCGAUUGUCCUGGUCUCGUUUUCCCAUCCAUUCAAACGACUAAGGAGGAAAUGAUUGUUGAUGGUAUCCUCUCCAUUGAUCAUCAAAUGAGAGAUUAUAGACCACCAAUGGAAUUGGUGUGUGGACGUAUUCCUCGACGAACAUUCGAAUUGACCUAUGGUUUAACCUUCCCCAAGAUUCCAGGCAAGGCCCGUAUGACAUUUGUGACACCAGAAAAUUUAUUGAGAACAUUUUGCAAAGCUAAAGGUCUCAUGUCGCAGAACGGCGUGCCGAAUUAUCCAAUGGCUGCUCGUAGAAUCUUGAAGGACUAUGUGGAUGGUAAAAUUCUGUACUGUCAUCCUCCUCCUGAAAAUAUUCAAGUGACUGAUCUCGAUGAAGGAGACCAAUUGGCAUCCAACAACAUGCUCAAUACAGAUAAUGAUCAUGAAGUGAUUGUCAUUAAUCAUGACGAAGAGCUGGCCGAUGAUGACGAAUACUUUACAGAAAGUGAGGAUGGAGAGGAUCAAGAAGAUCAACGAAUCAAUGAAGACGAAGAUGUCUUGUACAAUUCAGAUGGAGAAAUUAUUGAGAAUGAAGAGGAUGAGGAUGCUCAAAGUGACACUGCUAGUGAUGACAUGGAAUGGGAAGGAGAAGUUGAUGAUUUCAAUCGUGUCAAUGUUCACACAGAAGUUCUCGAAAGAAAGAAGGAAAAAAUUAUUCAAGCAAAAGGAUACGAUCCAUUUGAAUUGGAUGAACAAACCAUCAUGGUCGAACAAAAACCAGAACCAGGCGCUGCUCAAACAGGACCCGUUAAAACUCAGGAUCUUUUCGACCAUUUAACUGAAAAACAAAAGAGACGAAAAUUCACCUAUCUUAAAAAGUUCAUGUAA